CACCAACGAGCUCCUGUCGGGUUUACUGUUGAAGCGUCGUCUUUCUGCUUCUACACACGGUCGGUCAUUGCAGCUGAGAGAUCAUACAGGCGAUCUGCUGCUCGUUUUGAUCGGCUACAACGCGUAUUUCCGCGCAAAAGCACAACGCAAACAUCGGCAGCGGCGGGGAUCGCACCUGCCCCGGAGCAUGCACAACAAAGACUGAUCCAGCACCGCUGCGCCGUGCGGCAGCCAGCCGAGCCAGGCUGCCCGACGAAACCUCGGAGAAACCCGCCGCACAGAGGACGCUGCUGCUGCAAGAGGAGGUCCGACUUCCAUAUUGCAGGCCUAUCCGAUCCGAUCCGUGCCUGGCAGGUUUAAUUAUAGCAAGACUUGCAUGCACGUCUUACUUUGGCCCGGACAUCCAAUAGGAGGCGACAGUUGGAGGGUCGAGGAGGAGAAUAUCAGGCCUCCAUCUGUGUGUUAAUAAUUGAAUAAUCCGAGCUGGACACAAUCACACAUCGCGGUCGGACCAGUUUCAUGGUUGCCAUCAUCAGCCGUCCUGUGUGUUCAAUGUUCCCCUAAAAAAAACAGGAGCACUAUGUGGGUCAGUCCCGAAGAUGUGUUGCUGGCGGGCGCAUUAUGGAUCACCGAGAGAGCAAAUCCAUAUUUCAUCCUCCAGAAACGGAAGGGCCACGGGGAUGGAGGCGGGGGACUGGCGGGUUUGCUGGUUGGGACCCUGGAUGUUGUCCUGGACUCCAGUGCUCGGGUGGCCCCAUAUAGGAUCCUGUACCAGACUCCAGACUCUUUAGUUUACUGGACCAUUGCUCAUGGAACCUCCCGGAAAGAGAUCACUGAGCACUGGGAGUGGCUGGAACAUAACCUGCUGCAGACUCUCUCCAUCUUUGAGAAUGAGAAUGACAUCACCACUUUUGUCAAAGGAAAGGUCCAGGGGAUCAUCGCAGAGUACAACAAGAACCACGAUGUCAAAGAGGACGACGACACAGACAAGUUCAAGGAGGCCAGCGCCAAGUUUCGGAAGCUGUUCGGGAUGCCGGAGGAGGAGAAGCUGGUCAACUAUUACUCCUGCAGCUACUGGAAGGGAAAGGUGCCCCGACAGGGAUGGCUCUACCUCAGCAUCAACCACCUCUGCUUCUACUCCUACUUACUGGGAAAAGAAGCCAAACUGGUGGUGCGUUGGGCAGAUAUCACCCAGCUGGAGAAGAGCGCCACCCUCCUGCUGCCCGACGUGAUCAAGGUGAGCACCCGCGUCAACGAGUACGUCUUCUCCGUCUUCCUCAACAUCAACGAGACCUUUAAGCUGGCGGAGCAGCUCGCCAACAUCGCCAUGCGUCAGCUCCUGGACAACAAAGGCUUCGAGCAGGACCGCUCGCUGCCCAAGCUCAAGAAGAAGUCACCCAAGAAGGUGUCGGCACUCAAGAGGGAUUUGGAUGCGAGAGCUAAGAGUGAGCGUUACCGGGCUCUCUUCCGUCUGCCCAAAGAUGAGAAACUGGACGGACACACAGACUGCACUCUGUGGACCCCCUUUAACAAGAUGCACAUCCUGGGACAGAUGUUUGUUUCCACCAACUACAUCUGCUUCACCAGCAAGGAAGAGACGCUGUGCAGCCUCAUCAUCCCGCUACGAGAGGUGACCAUCGUGGAGAAGGCAGACAGCUCCAACGUGCUGCCGAGCCCGCUCUCCAUCAGUACCAAGAAUCGAAUGACUUUCCUGUUUGCUAACCUGAAGGACCGAGACUUCCUGGUCCAGAGGAUUUCUGACUUCCUGCAGCAGACCACCUCCAAGAUCUACCUAGAGAGGGAACUUACCGGCAGCCUGAACAGCUCAGACGACGAGGUUUACUCCCAGCAUGGAUCUCUGCUCUCCAGCAGCCCACAGCACAGUCUGGGCUCCGAGAACGAGCGUACGUUUAACCUGAACGACAGCAGCGUGCCCACAGCCACGCAAGCCCUCAUGACCAUGUACCGCCAGCGCUCACCUGAGGAGUUCAAUCCCAAGCUGGCGAAGGAGUUCCUGAAGGAGCAGGCGUGGAAGAACCACUUUGCAGAGUUUGGACAGGGGGUGUGUAUGUACCGGACCGAGAAGACGAAGGAGCUGGUCCUCAAGGGGAUUCCUGAGAGCAUGAGAGGAGAGCUCUGGCUGCUCUUCUCCGGAGCGAUUAACGAGAUGGCCACCCACCCCGGAUACUACGAGGACCUGGUGGAGAAGUCGAUGGGCAAAUACAACCUGGCGACAGAGGAGAUAGAGAGGGACCUGCACCGCUCUCUCCCCGAGCAUCCGGCCUUCCAGAAUGAGAUGGGCAUCGCUGCCCUCCGCAGGGUCCUCACAGCCUACGCGUUCAGAAACCCCAACAUCGGAUACUGUCAGGCUAUGAAUAUUGUGACAUCUGUGUUGCUGCUCUACGCCAAAGAAGAGGAGGCGUUUUGGCUGCUUGUGGCGCUCUGUGAGAGGAUGCUGCCUGACUACUACAACACGAGGGUUGUAGGAGCCCUUGUCGAUCAGGGGGUGUUCGAGGAGCUCGCCCGGGAGUACGUCCCUCAGCUGUACGACUGCAUGCAGGACCUCGGGGUCAUCUCCACUAUCUCGCUGUCCUGGUUCCUCACCCUCUUCCUGUCUGUCAUGCCGUUCGAGAGCGCCGUGGUGGUGGUGGACUGCUUCUUCUACGACGGCAUCAAGGUCAUCUUUCAGCUGGCGCUCUCCGUGCUUCACGCCAACAUCCACCAGCUGCUUGGAUGCAAGGAUGACGGAGAGGCCAUGACCGUUCUGGGCAGAUACUUGGACAGUGUGACCAAUAAGGACAGCACCCUCCCUCCCAUCCCCCACCUGCACUCCUUACUGACAGACAACGGAGAACCACAUCCAGAGGUGGACAUCUUCAAACUGGUCCGCAGCUCCUACGAGAAAUUUGGUUCGAUCCGUGCAGAUGUGAUUGAACAGAUGCGUUUCAAACAGAGACUGAGGGUCAUCCAAACCAUUGAAGAUACAACUAAACGCAACGUGGUCAGAACGAUUGUCACAGAGACUGCCUUCAGCAUUGACGAACUGGAGGAGCUGUACGUGCUCUUCAAGGCGGAGCACCUGACCAGCUGUUACUGGGGCGGCAGCAGCAACCCCACAGAGCGUCACGACCCCAGCCUGCCCUACCUGGAGCAGUACCGCAUCGACAUGGAGCAGUUCAAAGGCCUGUUCAACCUGCUGUUCCCCUGGGCCAACGGAGCCCACUCGGACCCCCUGGCUGUGCGUUUCUUCCGUCUCCUUGACCUAAACGGAGAUGCCCUCAUCAAUUUUCGGGAGUUCAUCAGUGGCUUGGGUGUCCUGUAUCACGGGGACCUAACUGAGAAGCUGAAGCUCCUCUACAAGAUGCACGUCAUACCUGAAAUCACCCAUGAACAGGAAGAGCCAGACUCUGCCUUUGAGGCCACUCAGUACUUCUUUGAAGACAUCACUCCAGAAACCUCCAUCGGUCAUGACUCAAAGUGCAGAAGUGAGAGGGAUGACGGCUUCGUUAGGGUUACGUUUAAGACUGAAAAAGUGAAGAAGCUGAACACUCCUGAAUAUCGCCAUUACCUGAAACUCUGGAACCAAGAGACAAAACCUAAGCGGGAAAACACAAAAGACCUUCCCAAGCUGAAUCAGAGUCAGUUUAUCGAGCUUUGCAAGACCCUGUACAGCAUGUUCAGCGAGGAUGCUGCAGAACAGGAGCUCUAUCACGCCACGGCCACAGUCACCAGUCUGCUGCUGGAAAUGGGAGAAGUGGGGAAGCUCUUCUCCUCCUCUGGCAGAAAGGACCACAACAUGGAGGGUAAACCAGAGCCGGGCAUGUACAGGAGAGACGCCACCGAUCCCAAAACCGCCCAGGAGGCCCUGUCUGACGGCGUGUUCCAGCAGGCCUUUGUCCCCGCAGCUCUGGAGAUCAAGCCGAGCCCCUGUGAGGACAUGCAGGGAGACGACGGGAGCGAGCAGCUGCCACCUAUGCAAGACAUAAAGCUGGAGGACUCGUCUCCCAAAGACGCAGGCACGUCGUCCGCCAUGCUCAUCUCAGAUGACGAAACCAAAGAUGACACCUCAAUGUCAUCUUACUCGGUGCUCAGCGCAGGCUCCCAUGAGCUGGAUGAAAAGCUGCAGUGCGAGGACAUUGCAGACGACACAGUGCUGGUGCGCAGCGACAGCGGCUCCAACGGGGAAAGAAGUACCCGGCCCCACGGAGGCGGACCCCUCGACAGAGGGCUGCCGCACAGCACCAGCAUCGAUAAAGACUGGGCCAUCACGUUUGAGCAGUUCCUGGCCUCUGUGCUCACCGAGCAGGCCCUGGUGCAUUAUUUUGAGAAGCCAGUGGAGGUGGCAGCGCGCAUUACUAACGCCAAGAAUGUGCGCAAAGUCGGGCGCCCACGGCUGUCAACGAGUGACUAUGAGAUCUCACUAUCGGGCUGAAGCCUUUUUAAGGGAGAUUUCGCACAAAGACUUUCUGUUUUAAAAGGGAAACAUGAUUAUCAGUCACCGGUGAAAAGACGUCUCAGUGAGUUUUAGAGGACAAUGAAGGUAAAUGUAAAAUGUGUGUGUAUGAUAGUUGAAUGAAUGUGACCAAGAACUGCUCUUAGCAAUGUAUUUUACCAGAUGUGAAAGACUUUUAUUAUUCCAAUCGCUAGAUUCUCUCCAGCUGAGAGGGAACAGGACAUUAAUAUUCAGGUUUGCUCAGAUGAAAUCAGUGUGAACAUGUAGUAGCUGUACUUUAUAAGAUAUUAUGCAUAGGUGUUAAUAUUGUAAUCUCUAGCACUUCUUAGGCUACGUAGAUGUAAAUGUCCACAGAUUCAGUACAGUUCUAUACUGGGAUAUUGAUCACCUAACAUUAUAUCUGGUCAAACUACUGCUUCCUUACUUUAUGAUUCCAUUUGCUGUUAAUCACAAAAUCGUUUUAGUUUGUCGUCGAACGACAAAUACAAAUCAACGCUGUGAAAAUUCAACGAUGAAGUGAAUUUUCAUGUAUCGUGUGAACUCUUCUUCAGCUAAAGCAACGUGUCACUUUGUUAGAAGCUAUUCUCUUUUUCACGCACAUAUCUGUGACUUCCUCGACAUUCACUCCACAAAACCGUGCUCUCGGUAAUUACUCCAGUGUGUUUUCUCCAGUUAUUAGUAUACAGUAACAAUGAUGGAAACAGAAGAAUGACGCAGCCACAUCAAAAGAAAACAAGUCAGACCUGAUUCUUCAGGAAUUCAAAGGAAGGUCCGUGUGCUAAGACAUGAUGAUUACACUAAAAACAUGCUGUUGAAUGAAGAGCCUGCUCUUUAUGUUUACAACAAAUUGUGAUCCACUAAUAUGUACUUGCUUGCCAUUUGCCAGCUAUUGUUGUCUGCACUCCUGACUAAAAUGUUUGCCUUUUUAAUUUUUUUUAUAUAUGUAUUUUAACUUUAUUUUUGCUCUGUACAUUUUUACUUCAAGUUGUUUUUAUGUGAUUUUUUUUAUUUUAAAUAUCCAGGUGUUAUUACUCUGGAUUCUGAAGCAUUGUGUAUCACUCCAUCUAAUUAAAAUCACAGUAUGAUUGAUUCAAUGCUGCACAGUACAACGACUGAGUGCAACUAUAUGACCCUCAUUUAAGCUACCAAUCAUUCAUUGACAUGGUGUUUACCCAUAUUAUACUUC